CACAUUUUAGAGGGUCUGUGAGCUCUGUAUUCCAUCCCCUCCGGUUCCUGUGGUCACUGAGCGCCCGCUGACCCGGUUCCGAUUCCGGUGUUGCACACUUCCGCUCCGGGGGACGGGUUUCGACGUGACAUCGGAAGUUGGCUGUUGCUCCGGCUCGGGCAAAGCCGGGGGCUUCUGAAAUGUCCACUCCUGCUUCCCAAGGCCACAACUGGAGCAAGAAGUCAGAGGACGAGGAGGAGGAUCCCGUCGACCAGAUGGUUUCCAGGACGGGUUGUGCUGGUUUCCAUCGCGCCGUCCAGGAUUGCAUGGCAGAACACCAGGACUGGCGCCAGUGCCAGCAGCCGGUGCAGGACUUCAAGCAGUGCAUGGCGGAGUACCAGCGAUUACGAGCCAGCCAACUGGGCAGACACAAACCCAGCUCUGCUGGCAGCUGAAAUCUGGGCAAUGCCCUUUGAGAACCAACAACCCCUUUCUUUUCCAAUCCAAAAAAAAAACAUCUAAAGCGUCAGAGGGAAACGUUUUGCAAGAACUUUGGCUGAAGCUUUGAAUGGUUGUGCCUUGCUCGACAUAGAAACAAGCCACUGGACUCACCUGGUCUAUGUCGCCCUUUCCGCUUCCUGCCGGCCUUCUCCAGCCCUUACUGUUUAAAAACAUACAUGUAAAGUGAACUCGAGACAUCAUUCAGUAACAACUCCCUGUUCUAAUGGAACUGCAGGUCAGCAAGAGCUGCCUGUCAGGAAAGCCUGAUGUGAGAGAUUCAGCACUGUUUGUGUGUGCACAUGUGUGUGCACGCGUGUUUGCAUUGCUAGGUUCAAUCCCUCACAGCCUGGCUUUAGGCUGGAGAGAGUGCCGGAACAGGAGGGGUGAAAUCCUGCUGGUUACAGGACUGCUGUUGGUAAUGGGUGAAGUUUGAAGCAAGUGGAUUGAGGUUCAAGCGGAGGCCUGGUUUACAGUUGGUCAGGAUUAGGGUUACAAAUGGAAAAUGACAGCAUCAGUAAUCAGAAAUUGUCCUUUGAGAACUGGAAAAGCCAAUGCCACCUAGUAUCUAUGAACUGAUCUUUAAAAGCAUACAACUUAAUGCCAAGACUUGCAGUGGUGAAUAAAACUCCAGAAUGUUUCCUAA